AUGUGGCUGGGAGGCCGGUCGUGGCUACCGGUUCUUGGGCAAGUGUGCUCCAGUCUCCGGUGCCUCGCAUUUGCCAGGACUUGGGGUGCCUGUAGGGGACCCAUGGCGGAAAGACUCUCGACCGGGGCUGAGGCAGCGAGCGGGCUGGGGGCUCCAGCUCAGCAAAACGGAGAUGCGGGCGGCGAACCGAGGGGUGAGCAGCCCCCUGGGCAUCCGGAGCCGGCGGGUUCAGAAGUGGAGCCGGUCUCGGGGGACGCGAAGCAGCCCUCAGGAAACGGGGAGCGGGCCCCGGAUGCAGCCCCGGGCCCUGGCAAGCGGAAGAAGCGGCGGGGCGCGGUUGGAGAGCGCGUUGUGCCGCCCCCGAAGAAGCGGCGGGCAGGGGUUAGCUUCGGCGACGAACACUUUGCUGAGACCAGCUACUACUUUGAAGGCGGCUUGCGCAAAGUGCGGCCCUAUUACUUUGACUUCCGGACUUAUUGCAAAGGCCGCUGGGUGGGCCACAGCUUGCUGCACGUCUUUGGCACGGAGUUCAGAGCCCAGCCCCUGGCCUACUACGAGGCCGCUGUCCGGGCGGGACGCCUGCACCUCAACGAGGAGCCGGUACAGGACCUCAGCAUUGUGCUCAAGGACAAUGACUUCUUACGGAACACAGUGCAUAGGCAUGAGCCACCAGUUACAGCAGAACCCAUCCGCCUGCUAGCGGAGAACGAAGAUGUGGUGGUUGUAGACAAGCCUUCUUCCAUUCCUGUCCAUCCCUGUGGCCGCUUCCGACACAACACUGUCAUCUUCAUCCUGGGCAAGGAGCACCAACUAAAGGAGCUACACCCAUUGCAUCGACUUGAUCGCCUUACCUCCGGGGUCCUCAUGUUUGCCAAAACAGCAGCCGUCUCAGAGAGAAUUCAUGAACAGGUUCGGGACCGGCAGCUGGAGAAGGAAUACGUGUGCCGGGUGGCGGGGGAGUUCCCCGCCGAGGAGGUAACCUGCAAGGAGCCUAUCUUGGUGGUGUCUUACAAGGUAGGGGUGUGCCGUGUAGAUCCUCAGGGCAAGGCCUGUGAGUCAGUGUUCCAGAGACUGAGCUACAAUGGCCAUUCCAGUGUGGUACGGUGCCGGCCACUUACAGGUCGCACCCACCAGAUCCGAGUCCACCUCCAGUUCCUGGGCCACCCCAUCCUCAAUGACCCCAUCUACAACUCAGCCGCCUGGGGCCCCUCACGAGGCCGAGGCGGCCACAUCCCAAAAACAGAUGAGGAACUACUGCGGGACCUUGUGGCAGAGCACCAGGCCAAACAGAGUCUGGAUGUGCUAGAUCUCUGUGGGGGAGACCUGUGCCCUGGACCCCCAGACUCUACAGCACCUUCCUCAGAGCUCAGCAAGGACUGCCUAGAAGAGAUAGCUAUAUCUGCCCAGAAGAUGGAUGGAGCAGUUGAGGCAGCCCCUCGGGAUCUGGACGGGGUGCCUGUGGCAUCAGGGAAGGCAACCAAAACGGGUGUUGUGAAUCAAGAGACAGACCCACUCUGUUCAGAGUGCCGGAGAGUGCCACAGGAUCCCUCGCCCCAGGACCUUGUGAUGUUCCUGCAUGCCCUGAGCUAUAAAGGGCCAGACUUUGAGUACCAUUCACCAAUGCCUGCCUGGGCACGAGAUGACUGGCAAGAACACUGA